AUGGUCGCAUCAAUGAGUGAUUUAUCGCAAAACGAGAAACUCUUGAUUCAGAAGAUAUGCGAAAACAAUUUAGAAGAAGUGAAACAAUUGCUGAACGAAUCGGAUGUGCGGAUCAAUUGCUGCGACGAGAAUGGCAUGAAUGGCUUACAACACGCGGCCUAUAAAGGAAAUGAUCACAUCUGCCACUAUCUGGUCGAGAGGGGCGCCGACGUGAACAACAGCCAACAGAUCCAGGGCUACACUGCGCUCAUGUUUGCCGCACUCGGCGGUCACCACUCAGUGGUCAACCUAUUGCUCGACAGCGGAGCACACAUUCGAGCCGUCAAUUCUGUGAACCGAAACGCCGCACAAAUGGCCGCUUUUGUUGGCCAACACUCAGCCGUCGCUAUCAUUAAUAACUAUAUCCCCAGAGAAGACAUCGAUUACUACACCAGAGUUCACGGUUUGGAGACUGAGCCCCGGCUGAGCGCACGACUGGCCACACCAUUGCAUUCAUUUGUCAGACAGACAAACAUUCAUCCCAUAAGAAUCGGCUUAUUUCUGAAGAAUAAUUGGAUUUUAAUCGAAAACGUAAACAAAUUGAUUAAAGUAUUGGAAAUGAUUUGCGAAAAACAAUUCAAAGACAAACAAAACGAAAUGAUUUCACUUAAAAUACAUUAUUUGGCGCAUUUACACAAAGAAUUACUUAAAGAUUACAACAAAGACAUAAAACAUACCAAAGAAGAUAAUAACAAACGACUGGAACAAGUGUUGAAGACAUGGCUGAAGGGACGAGAGAGCGAUGGAUUUCCCGUAUUUCUGGAGCAGUUGUUGAGACAGAGUAUUCGUGAAUAUCCUUACCACGAAUGCGCUCUUUUCCAACAACUGAUCCGAACGCUGUCUACCGUUGAGAUCGGGUCAGAGCCGAGCGCUCUGUCCAUACUAUCGCAAGCCAUUAACGGUCAGAAAGGGUUCGAUGACGAGAGUCUGGUUUGUAGCACUUGCGGUGACACCACUCCUACCAAACGCUGCUCCAAAUGCAGACAAACCUCUUAUUGUAAUAUUGAUUGUCAACGACUUCACUGGAGUUCACAUAAAAAGUUGUGUAAACUUCCAGAAACUACCGAUUAA